CUUCUUACUACAUUUUGUUUCGUCAAGAAGCCACCAAGCUUAUCAUUGUUGUUUCAUCCUUGCUCGUUACACACUAGCCACCAUGGCGAUGCUUCUUGCGCCUUACAACAACUCCAUGCGCCUGGGACAGGGCUUCAACUCAUUUACACAGCAGAUAUGCAUGACUGAUGCAGUCACCCAAGGCGAAGAUGUCCCAUCGCCGUAUUCGGAAGAUCAGCAGCCUAAGGGGAUCAGUCAAAUUGUUUCAUACUCAUCUCGUUUCGUUGACAAGCUCAGCGAUGUAAUCGAUGUGAUGAACGUGUCCGCUUCUUUAUCCAUCAAAACAGGAACCAUUGGUGGGGCCGUUAGCGGAACCUACAUUGACUCGGAUAAGUUCAAGACCAGUGAUCUCAACUUCUUCAUUCAAGUCAAGGUGACGAACCAAACGCAUAUGGCGCGUGACUAUACACAGUUUCAAAAAUUGAAGAAUUUCCCUAUUACUAGAUUCACCGAGAUAUAUGGCGACUCAUUUAUAUCCGGAUGGGAGGAAGGUGGAGAGCUCAACGCACUGAUAUCAGUCAAGGUAAAUGACAAGUCCAAAAUAACUACGAUCAAAGGUGCAUUGGAAGCAGAGCUGGGAACACCGGCUUUAUCUGGUGCGAUCAAAGGUGAGGGCGGUUUGGAUAAGAAGGCCACUGAAACAUCAACGGAAACCACAAUAAACGUCAACUGGAGUGGUGGUGGCCAAAUCAAGGACCCAAACGUCCUUUGGGACAUCAACAGUCUUACUCUCGCUGCAGCAAAUUUUCCGGAUCUUGUCGCAUUGACACCACAACGCACCUAUGCAAUUUUAACAAAGUACACAUCUUUGAAAACUUUUCACGAGUCAAUGGGCUUCUUCUCCCCCCUUGACUAUGAAAAUGCUGGUAUUUAUACAGGAGCACUUUUGGAUGCUUACAUGGAUUACAAGUCAAUCUGGAAGCAUAUCCAGAUCAUUAACUGGGAAUUUGAAUCUGGAACCACGAAGCUGGUCAAAUCUGAGCCCACCAAGGAACUUCUAGACUACGCCAAAAAGUGCGCCCAAGAGGGCGCUUCCGCACCGAAGUCUGCAAGUCGAGGCCAGUCCCGAAGCCAUACCAGUGGCAAGCAUUUAGAGGGCUCUGAGGAUUCGCGGGACCUGCAACCGAAGAAGAACACUUUCAAACCGAACAUCUUGGACUGUGAACCCUACGAUGCUUCGUUUGUAGGGUUGAGCAAAGCUAGACGUGACUGUCGUCUCGAGAUGACGAAAAUUGUCAAUGAAGUUGAUGCAGUUACAGCGGAUCCAAGCAUUGCGCUUCAGCCAGAUCGCUUAGGCAUUUAUCUGGCCCCUUCGAUCUUCAGGCAAUUGCUUCCCAUAAAGGAAGCAAUCAAAGAAGGCACCACACAGGUCACUACAGGGCCAAAUCCAGCCCCAGGACCAGCUCCAAAUCCAGACCCAACUCCAGGCCCAACUCCAGAUCCAACUCCAGGCCCAACUCCAGGCCCAACUCCAGAUCCAACUCCAGGCCCAACUCCAGACCCACCUACUCAGUAGCCGCCAUACGUUUAUCCCGAGGGGAAAACUGACAAAAUACUCAAUGAGCUGAAGACCAACAGAGCCAGACAUGCUUCUCGCUCAAGUACUUCCAACUAUCGGGAAAAAUGAGCGAUGAUCCACUCAAGCCCAGAAGCUUAUUGUUCAACAGCCUCAAUGUUCACGAGGAGACUUGGAUACAACAAAGCAUCGUCAUCCAACUCAACUGCUAGCAUGUCUUCGGAACUAAAACCGUAUGAGCUUCAGGUAAAAGAAGUGAAUCGAGCAGUAAAAAUUUAAUUCUUAAAAAAUAAAUUAGAACAAAAGAAAAUUUCCCUUAAC